GUUGGCACAUAUACUCACACAAACAUAGAGUUUGGACUAAGUUUUCAUUUGGUAAACAAAAAUAAAAUGGAUUUUAUUGACGAUUUCAUAGAGGAAUAUAAAGUCAAUGCGUGCUUAUGGAAAGCAGAUUCUGUGGACUUUAGAAACAGGAGCAAGAGGCAGGAAGCUUACAUGAAGCUAAUAGAAGUGGCCACCAAGCAUGGAGAGAUUUACAAUGUGGAAAGAACAAAGCAAAAGAUAAACAAUCUGCGGUGUGCAUUUCGUCAUCAAUUAAGAAAAUGCAAUGAAAUUAAAAAGAAAGGCGAGAAAUUUGAGCCCUACUGUCCCAAGCGGCGAUAUUUCGAGUCCUUAAUGUUUCUAAAGGACGAAGAGAUUCCUGAUAAAAAGUCAAAGCGUCAUGAUAACCCACCGCUGCAGCAGCAAUUUUCCGAGAGCGCUGUAACUUUAAUCACGGCGGAAAACUGUGAAGAACUCUCCGAUGCAGAGAGUCUGACAAAGCCGCACAAAGCGGAUAAUCAAAAGUUAUCACCCAAAAACUGUGCAACCGAAUACUGUGGCAAUUUGUUCGAGGACGCAUCUGCUGCAUGCGCUGCUGACCCCAUUAUCAGUAUUCAAACAGUCAACGCCAACAACAACAACAACCAUGGUUCAGGGGCUACCAUCAAGGAGGUGGAAAUCGUCAUGACAUCGGCGGACAGCAGACUUAUCUCGGAACGAAGAAAGUCCCUACCCGAUAAUCCCAAACAAAUAGGGGAUGCCGAGCAGGUGAGGCCAGUGGUGGCCGCUAUCCAACAGAAACAGAACAAAAUUAACCGAAAGCGCUCAUCUUCGCUAUCAUCGCAACUAUCCGAAGAUAAUGAAGUAGUUCCCGCUGCCAAGUUUCGUGCGGAUAUAUCUACAAUCGAUUUCGAGCGGCUGUUCUCGCUAGCACUCAAAAGUGCUGACCACCAGCUCGACGACCACUUUUCGAAUUUCGGGAAAAUCAUUGCCCACAAGCUGCGUUCCAUGGAAGCCACCCAAGCUAUAUAUGCGGAGAAAAUAAUCGCCGAUGUUCUCUAUCAGGGGCAGAUGAAAAUGCUCUCCACAUUGAGUAUACACCAGUUCUUGGGCGUAGAUAAUGCAACAGUUUAUGUUGAUAGUCACAGUAAAUAAUUAAUUGUCUGUAAAUGCAUAUACAUAUGUAGAUUUUAUAUAAUAAUAAG